AUGCAAGAUAUAAAACAAAGAAAGAAUUAGGUAGAAGAACCUUCCGAAAAAACAAAGUAAUAAAAAGGUGAUGCUACUCCUACUGGGUAGACAAAGAGUGUUUAUACUUCCACUUAUCCUUCUGACCACCCUUUACAUAGGUUCAAAAAUUAUUUAAGUGUAGAUCUGAUAGGCGGACCUAAGUUACUUCAAAUGAAUUGGAUUAUCAAUUUAACAAAAGGAUUAACUCCAUUGUUUGUUGUAUUUCUUAUGUAUUAUUACCAAAACUUUUCUCUUGGAGCUUACUGCUACAUGAUUCUUCAUGGAUCUUAUGGAAUUUUAUGGUUAGUUAAGGAUUAUAUGUUCCCUGAUAAAUCUUUCUAAGUUAAGUAAACUAUUUUCUCUAGUGUUGUACUCCUAAUAGUUUUAUUUGGUUACUGGUCUAUUGGAUGGUAGAUUCUCAGUGGAAAAGGAAUCAAUGAACCUUCUAAUUCUAGAAUUACUGCUUGCACAAUGCUUUAUAUCUUUGGUGUUUCAAUGAUGCUUGUUUCUGAUGCACAAAAAUUCUAUACACUUAAAUACAAGUAAGGCUUAAUUAAUGAAGGUAUUUUUGCUCGUAACAGAAACCCUAACUAUUUGGGAGAAAUGUGCGUCUAUGGAUCUUUCGCUUUCUUAACUGGUGUUUGGGAAUCUUGGAUUCCUUUAGCUUUUAUGUGGAGCACUAUUUUCUUUAUGAAUAUGUAUUUAAAGGAUAUCUCUUUAAGCAGAAAGUAAGGUGGACCAGAAUAUAUUAAGAACAGCUACUUUUUCCUUUUUAAAGUAUUUGAUUCUGAUUUGCAUAAUAUCAUCUUUUAUGCUGCCUUCCUAAUAUUCGGAUACAUCGAUUAUUCAGUUGGAGGAGCUAUUACAUUGCUUAAAAACCAUUGA